AGAACAACGUGCAGGAAGGCAAAGCAAGGAACAACGCAACGGUGACGGGCAACUCGGGGCUGAUUUGUAUCAAAAAAAGAAAUUCAGAAGGUUUAUAAUUAAACGCGCCUACUUAUACAGUGCAUUUAACAGCUAUAAAGCACGACUGGAUACAGUCCCUUGCAACUCCGAUUAAGGCUAGAAAACUUUCUUCAGAUCUCGCUCGUGGCUUAAGGGGGUGAUCAUGAUCCACAAUCCAAGAAUACCUGGCCAAGACAUUGUUAUGCAGAAUAUAACAACACUCCAAUAACAGGAAAUUAUUUCUUCAUGUUCUACCUUUCAAGAGAAUUCAGCCAGUCUAAUGGUAUAGUUUUAUGCAAGACCAGUGGGAUACACUCAACAUGAAUAUUAAAAUCAUUUAUGAAUUGUGACAGUUGGACAUCAUUUCUUGAUCUUUCCUUUUAGUUGCCUUAAAAACAUCCACACACCUGCAAGUUAUUUGUCUAAUACCCAAACUUAGUGUUCCAAGAAUCAACAUCUUGUGGAUGCAGAACCUUUAAACCGAAGGCCCAGUUUUGUUGACACUGAAGUUGCCUCCGUGUAUGUGUAUGUUUGUGUGUGUUACUGGAAAUCACUGACUGCUCAGAUGGAUCGCCUGGAAUUGCAGAAAGUCAACACAGAACUUGAUGAAGAGAGCAACAGUGGAGACAGCACUGAAGACAAUGAUGCAGAUAUGGUUGAUCCAGAGAAGGCUACUAUUAGCAGCCACUUUGUUGGUGAUGAUGCAGAAAGCCAGAAGUUUCUUGCUAAUGGCUUCCUGGGUAAAAAGAAAAUGGAAAGUUAUACAGAUGAAUAUCAUCCAGGAAAUAUUUCAUUUGGUAUUUCGGCAUUUAAUUUAAGCAAUGCCAUCAUGGGCAGUGGUAUUUUAGGGCUAUCCUAUGCCAUGGCCAACACCGGAAUUGUCCUUUUUAUAAUCUUACUCUUCAGUGUAGCACUAAUGUCACUCUAUUCAGUACAUCUAUUACUGAAGACAGCCAAAGAAGGAGGCUCGCUAAUAUAUGAAAAACUAGGUGAAAAGGCAUUCGGAUGGCCUGGAAAAAUUGGUGCUUUUGUUUCUCUCACAAUGCAGAAUAUUGGAGCAAUGUCAAGCUACCUCUUUAUUAUUAAGUAUGAACUGCCAGAAGUAAUCCGAGCAUUUUUAGGACUCGAAGAUAAUUCUGGAGAAUGGUAUCUGAAUGGCAACUAUCUUGUAAUAUUUGUGAGCAUUGGAAUUAUUCUCCCCCUUUCACUACUAAAAAAUUUAGGUUAUCUUGGUUAUACAAGUGGAUUUUCGCUUACUUGUAUGGUAUUCUUUGUCAGUGUGGUAAUCUACAAGAAAUCCCAAAUAGCCUGUCCUCUCCCAGUCUUGGACAAUAAUGUUGGCAACUGGUCCUACAAUGAUACUGCAGUUCCGCUACAUGUAGUGGUGUUACCAAAUGAUUCUGCUAAUUUGGAAUUAAAUUUGAUGAUGGACAGCACUAACAAACAAUAUUCUUCAGUUUUUGAAGAAACCAAAACUAAGCUACAUCAAAGUGGAGUAGAAUAUGAAGCCCAUGGAGAAGACAAUGACAAAUGCCAAGCCAAGUAUUUUGUGUUUAACUCACGGACUGCCUAUACAAUACCAAUUCUGGCAUUUGCAUUUGUAUGCCAUCCGGAAGUAUUACCUAUAUACAGUGAACUUAAAAACCGAUCUCGAAAACGGAUGCAAAAUGUUUCCAAUGUCUCCAUCAUGGGAAUGCUCAUCAUGUACCUCCUCGCUGCCCUUUUUGGCUAUCUUACUUUCUAUGGUGAAGUAGAAGAUGAGUUGCUUCAUACAUAUAGGAAGGUUUACACCUUUGACACUCUGCUCUUGAUGGUUCGUCUUGCAGUUCUUGUGGCUGUGACUCUCACUGUACCAAUAGUCCUAUUCCCAAUUCGUACAUCUCUUACCACACUCUUGUUCCCCAGAAGACCUUUCAGUUGGAUAAGACACUUCCUCAUUGCUAUUGUUAUUCUUAUAUUUAAUAAUCUUUUAGUCAUUUUUGUCCCUACUAUUAAGGACAUCUUUGGAUUCAUAGGUGCCUCUGCUGCAACAAUGCUGAUUUUUAUUUUACCUGCUGCUUUUUAUCUUCGGAUUGUCAAGAAAGAGCCUUUGAGGUCACCUCAAAAGAUUGGAGCCCUGAUUUUCCUCAUUGUUGGCAUAAUCUUUAUGUUUGGGAGCAUGACUCUAAUUCUCUUGGAUUGGAUUUACAACUCUUCACAUUCCAAUCAGCAUUAAUUUGGAAGGAAAUUGUUUGUUUUUCUUUGCCAUCGAAGUGGUUGAAUUUCAUUAGCCAUGUGCAAGCAAACAAACAAAAGACUUUAGACUAUAGAAGUGGACAUUACUUCUAGUCAAUGGUAAGAUUCCAAAGACUUUGUUAAUAUCACUAAAUGGACCUAAGAUGAAUUAAAUCCCACUUUGGAUUGGGAAGGAUGGUUAUUUAUGCAUUAUUACCUGUGCCCAUUUUUGGGGGACCAGAACAGAAUAAAAAUGUGAAUUGUGAAGAUGCCUGGAUCUAAUUAUGUAUAUAGUACCCACAAAGACUGUUACUUUGGUUUUGAUAACUACUAUUUCUAGAAACUAGAAAAAAAAAGUUGUCCAGAAGUGGAGAUUAUAUAUAUUCACAGUACCAAUAAUCUAUGUACAUAAAGAAAAAUGAAACUAUUAUUUUAAAUGACUAACUAUAACUUUUAUAAGUACAUUCAAAACAAGAGCCGAGGUGGCGCAGUGAUUAGGGUGCAGUACUGCAGCUACCUCAGCUGACUGCUAGUUCAGCAGAUCAGCAGAUCAAAUCUCACCGGCUCAAGAUUGACUCAGCCUUCCAUCCUUCCGAGGUGGGUAAAAUGAGGACCCAGAUUGUUGGGGGCAAUAUGCUAAUGCAAUAUGCUAAUAUGCAAUAUGCUAUAUGCUAACUUUGUAAACCGCUUAGGGAGGGCUGUAAAGCACUAUGAAGCAGUAUAGAAGUCUAAAUAAUUUUUUUAAAAAAAAUAUAUAAAAACAGCAUCAAUUUCUGAAAGUAUUUCACUUACUCAUCAAUAAAUUACAUUAAUUAUAGGAGUGUCCACUACGGAAAGUGAGCAAAUGUGAUCUAUUAAAUAAAUGAACUAUUUAUUAUGCUAACUUUUAAUAAUAUUGUUUAUUACAAAAAUUAACAACGGCUGUGGGAUGAAAAAGGCCCCUUUUCUCUGCAGCUGUGGUUUAUAGAGAGUAUUCAGGUCUAUGGAUAGUUAUAAAUGACUAUCAGAAUUCUCCCAUUUAUGGAACUGUACUCAAAAGAUAAAUUAAAUCUUAGCCAGCCAAAACUGUCCCUACUAUUUACUGCUACCAAAGUAUACUUAUUAUGACUUGUAUUAUGUUGUCAAAAAUGAGCACUCUGUCCCACCAAUAAAUUUAAAAGUUUUUAUA